AUGUUCUACGCGACCAUCGUCCUCCUAAUCUUGCUCUUCUGUGUCUUUUGCGUCUACGAUUGCAUCAAACCGUCCAAUUUCCCUCCUGGUCCAAAAUGGCUGCCGCUGAUCGGCUGCUUCCCAACGUUUCGACGAUUGAAACUGAAGCACGGAUACGCUUACAUAGCGUUUCAAGAACUUAUGAAAACUUACGGACCGAUUUUGGGAGUGAAAUUGGGAAAUCAGAAGGUUGUCGUUGUUUCCACGCACGAUCUAGCGAAGAAAGUGCUUCUUCAGGAUGACUUCAACGGCAGACCGGAUGGAUUCUUCUUCAGAGUCCGCGCGUUCGGCAAAAGAAAAGGCCUUCUGUUCACGGAGGGACCAACAUGGUCCCAGUGUCGCCGUUUCACAAUGCGCCAUCUCAAAACCUUUGGAUUAGGCCAGUCUACCAUGGAGAAGCAGCUAACAGUCGAGGCUGAAAAUCUCGUGAAUUAUCUUCGUCGUGCGAGUGCAAAUGGUCCUGUACCAAUUCACACCACCUUCGACAUCGCAGUUUUAAACUCCCUCUGGUGCAUGUUCGCCGGUCACAGGUUCGACUACGAGAACGACAAAUUGAUCGAAAUCCUUGAAGUAGUCCACGACGCUUUCAGAUUGAUGGACACAAUGGGCGGCAUUGUUUCGCAAAUGCCAUUUCUACGCUUCAUAAUACCAGAAUUAUCCGGUUACAACGAAUUAAUGAGGAUCCUUCAGAAGCUCUGGAAUUUCUUAGACGAGGAGAUCAGCGUUCACGAGAAACAAUUGUCGGGGAACCAACCGCAGGACCUGAUCGAUGCGUUUCUCUUGGAGAUCUCGUCGAUAAAUGGCGAACGCGAUCGCACCAUUUUCGACAGGGAGAAUUUGUUGGUCUUAUGCCUGGAUCUGUUCUUGGCCGGCUCGAAAACCACGACGGAUACUUUAGCGACUACUUUGUUAUUUUUAUCUUUGCACUCUGAAUGGAUGAAGAUACUUCAGGAGGAGCUCGAUAACGUGGUUGGCAGAUCGAGGUCUCCGACUUUGAAGGAUUACUCGUCGUUACCGAUGAUGGAGGCGUUUCUUGCGGAAGUACAAAGAUUCCUGAUCCUGGCACCGCUUGGAGUACCUCACAAAACCAUGAAAGCGAUAACUCUGAACGAAUACAGUAUACCAAAGGACACGAUCGUUCUUCUGGAUUUCCACAGCGUGCAUAACGAUCCAACGCAUUGGGAUCACCCGGAAGAAUUUCGGCCGCAACGAUUUCUCAAUGAUAACGGUCGAUUCUGUCCGAACAACGCGAGUAUGCCAUUCGGUUUAGGCAAGAGACGUUGCCCAGGAGAAAUGCUGGCCCGGAAAUCCUUAUUCUUAUUCCUCGCCUACGUUGUACAUUACUUCGACGUGGAAAUUUCACCAGAGCACGGCCCGCCGGACAUAAAUGGCUACGAUGGUUUCACUAUAUCUCCAAAACCGUUUUAUCUGAAGCUCGCAACGAGGUCUGACGUCGUAUAAA